AGGAGAGGGUGGCAUCUGUUACCGGCAAACAUGAAGUCAGACCUCUGGUAUUUCUUUGUCUUCUGCUUCCAAAUUGAAGUUUUAACAGGAGAAAGCAAUGAUUCCCCCAAGUAUGAGAUGUUUACAUUUCACAAUGGAGGAGUACAAAUUUUAUGCAAAUACCCUGAGACUGUCCAGCAGUUUAAAAUGCAGUUGCUGAAAGGAAAACAAAUGCUCUGUGAUCUCACUAAGACCAAGGGAAGUGGAAACAUGGUGUCCAUUAAGAAUCUGAAGUUAUGUCAAUCUCAGUUAUCCAACAACAGUGUCUCUUUUUUCCUAAAUAACUUGGAUAGUUCCCAUGGCAGCUAUUACUUCUGCAACCUAUCAAUUUUUGAUCCUCCUCCUUUUCAAGUAAAGAUUCUUCGUGGAGAAUAUUUGCAUAUUUAUGAAUCACAGCUAUGUUGCCAGCUGAAAUUUUGGUUACCCAUAGGAUGUGCAGCUUUUGUUGUAGUGUACAGUUUGGGAUGCAUAUUUGUUUUCUGGCUGAUGAAAAAGAAGUAUGGAUCCAGCACACAUGAUCCUAAUAGUGAAUAUAUGUUUAUGGCAGCAGUAAACACAGCUAAAAAACCGAGACUCGCAGAUGUGACCUCAUAAUCUGAAACUCUCUGGUACCCAGAUACUGGCCAGUUUCCCCCAGACUUGAAGUGAGAAAUUCCAUUUUCUGGACUGCAGAACAUCUGACUUGAUUUGACUACAUACAUCUCCUGCUGGUGUUUUGUUCAAUCUGGACCAGUGACUACCAGGCAAUAGGGAUUUCAACAGACUGCCUCAGUAUUGCUGACUUCUCUAAAAACAAAUACCCUCUUGCAACUAGUCUUAGAGAAGGCCCAACUCAUGUGUGCUCAACAAACAGACCUCACUGGGAUAGAAUCCCCCUCUCUCUGCAUCUGCUCCUAGUAAUAUACCAGCCAGUAAAACAAACACAUCUACAAAAAUAUUUUAAAAGAUGCCAACAGAUUAAUGUGCAAAGCAAAUGGGCAACCCAGGGCCAGCAUCUGUCCUCAUUUUACAAACAGACUACCUCUUCUUUCUGUAGGGAUGAGCAUUCCUUUUAAAAUUAGACAGUAGAGGGAGAUGCUUUACAACCAUAGGUAUUUUAUCUCUGAGAUAUUGAUGUAACUAUGCUGCACUAAUAUAUUAGUACUAACACAGGACUCUCUUCCAAUUUCUGAACAUCAGUUGACUGGUCUAUUAAGGGUUUAGAUGCUUUUCUUUGCCUCAAUUUUCCUCUUAAAAUAUUUCUACAUGUUUGCUUGACAGGCUUCAGUCACUCUGAAUAGGGACCCAUGUCUGUAUUUUUUCCUCUGCUUCUCAACAAAAUUGCAUAUAUAUAUAUAGAUAUAUAUAUAUAUAUACACACACACUCUAAUGACUAUAAUUUGUUCAUAUUCUUCCUACAGGCAUAUUUUUUGCUCUGAAAGGUAUCAUAUUUCCCCAAAUUCAGUUAAAAUGGUUUUACUUUGUUGACAUUAGUGGUAGGAAACAUUUACCCAGAAUCAAAAGCAACUUCAUUUUAUUAUCCUGUUUUCUACAUUCUCAUGGUGCUAUUAAUCACAAACUUGGCUAUUUUUGUAGAUCAUAUGAAAAUUGCAAACAAACAAGAUCAUGUUUAAUUGGCAAGCAUUCUUCUGGGAUAAGAAAAAUUAUCCAUUUAGCCCACAAGCUGCAGUUACUGGAGGUGGCUGCCAAAUUGCAGCCAUGCUACCUCUGGGCUUAAUAGAUUAAAAUUGUCCCCAUGAGCCUGGCCAGCAUGGAAUUCUAGGGUUGAGAAGGGACUCCACUGAGCCAGGGACAAUUAGCUGCUUUGUCCCAGACUCUGGAGUCACCCUGAGAAUCAGAAUAAAUCUCCCUACAUUUGAACCUCUAGGAUCUGUGAGGAAGUACUCAGUACAAUUGCCUCUCCUAGAAACCAUGCAGCUUGGAAACUGUCCCUAGCCCUUUAAGAAAGUCUUCUUUAUAAAAUGAUUUGAUUAGAAAGCUUCUUAAAUACAUGUGACAUGUGUUUAUUCUGAGCUGGAAUAGUUUCUCCACUUUCUGUCCACAUGCCCAAAGCUUCUGAAGCUGCCAAUGUGUAUGAAAUAAUUUUUUAAGUAAAAUGAGAUUAUUUGGAAGUUUUAAAUUGGUAGUUGCCUGCUUAUGCUUAUAGUUUACUUUAAAAGUAAGAUCUGAUGUAUCACUAUAUAUAUUUAUAUUACUUUAAGCAUGUGUAAUGCUGGAUGUGUACAGUACAGUACUGAACUUGUAAUUUGAAUCAAGUGUGGUGUUCUCUGUUUUCAGCCAGCUGGGCAACCUGGCAUACUUUGCAGAGGUGUUCCAUUCUGUGUGGGGUGAAGGUGAGGAGGACAGCCUUCCUGGUGGCCUGCUUAGCCUUGUUGCCCCUAUACUUUGAACCAUUCUCAUCUGUAAUAGUGAACAUUUCAAAAUGUGUUAUUAAAGGAAAAAAUUUCUGUGAAAUAAAAACUGGUUUAAGAAGAGCCACUGAUGAAACAGAGUUUAGCAGUGGUAGGAGUUAAAGAAUAAACCUUUGAUACUCAGCGACUGAAAAUAUCUCACAGUGCUUUCUUGGGGGAGGGAAAGAGUACCUUAGCUAUCACUGGCAAAUUUGGCCUUGUUCUCGAAUGACCUUGUGCAUGUGUGGGACAGUUGCUUUUUACACAUUAUCUUCUUUGUUUUUAACUAAAAAAUUUUAAUUUAAAUUUUGGGAUAACCACAAACUUGCCAAAUAAGCACAGCGAAAGGACUAUUCUUUUCCUGUGAGUUUCUGAGCUUUUGUCCUACU